AUGGGUCGCUGGUUGACGCCGCAUAUUCAGGAGUGCAUGCUUAAUCCACCUGCAGCAAUCCACCACUUCACCAAAGCUGAAGUCCGCCGACUUCUAGAAAUUGCAGCUGGACUAAAUCAUAAUUUGGCGAAAGCUGAGAGGAGUCAAUCUCUGAGUGGACUGGCAGCAGAGAGGGAGCAAAAACCUAAGAGUCUCCAGGACGCCACAUCGGCUGGGUACUUCAUUCGUAUAAGUCACUGCAGCCCCAAAGACGCUGAUGGAGGAAAUCUUCAGCCUGUUAACAACAUGCGCGAAGCACUCGUGAAGCUUGUUUCUUCGAAGCGGACCGUCCAGGCACUUUUGAGUCUGUUCUAUCGACUUAGUCAGGACACGAAAUCCCCGGAUAACCAGCUCUACUUCUUCCCAUAUUACGCCCACCUCGACCGCUUGAGCGAGUGGCGAUGCUACGUCAAUGAAGGCCACAUCGUCGCCAUCAGCCAGAGCAGGUUCUAUCAGCCAAAUCACGUCGGUAUCACAGAUGAGAUGCUGGGUAGGCUGGCAUCUCAAGCGCGGCACCUCUGGUCACGAAUCGCACCUGAUCUGAACUUCAAGAGCUGCAUCCUAGAUGUCUACGCAGAGGUCCUCGAUCCCGAGUUCGAGGUCAAGCUCAUUGAGAUUAACCCCUGGGGAGCUCACUCCGGCUCAGGCAGUUUACUCUUUCACUGGCUCGAUGACGCGGAAAUCCUUGAUCCUCAACAGCACGACAGCACGACUAUGAUAAGACUCGUAGAAGCAGGCGAGGCGAAAGCCCUCACGCGCGAUGAGGCGUUUCAGAUUGGUCGGGGUGGGAUUAUUGAGGACGAGCUGCGAUGUUUGAGGGAGAGAGGGCUUGAGUGGGUUCUGGAGGAUGAUAGACAUGCUGAAUUUAUGGCUUUACCUGUGCCGGAUGGGCAGUCUGGGCUUACGACGAGGAAAGAUGGUCUUGAGAUGUUUCGGAAAGGAUUAGAUGGGGAGGUCACGGGGGUCAGGUCGAGGAAUCACCCGCGAUUCCUCAAGUUGAAAAGGGCAUAUGAAGCUAGCCGUUGA